AUGGGGGCGCGUGCCCGACGGGAAGCACAGUGCCGUCGCCCGGCGGCUGGCAGGGCGGCGCAGCAGCAGCGGCGGCGGCGACGGGAGGCGGCGGUGGGCGCUGGAGGCGGCGGCGACGGGCGGUGGGCGGCGGAGGCGGAGGCGGUGGCGGUGGCGUUGGCGGCGCGGCGGGCUGGCAGCGGCGGGCGCGCGGCAGCGGAGGGACUCACUGUGUCGGAAGCAGCGUGCGGACGGUCGUGCCGGAGGCUGCGUGGCGCGAAGGCGGGCGCUGCGGGCUUCUCGGGCGCCGCGCUCCAAGCACCAAGGGCCUCCUCUGGGCGAGUGCGGCACGCUACAGCCGCGUCCUGGCAACAACUACAAUGA